AUGGGUACCAACGAUAGAAUCGACGUCCACCACCACUUUGUGCCUGACUUCUACCGCGAGGUCCUCAUGGUCUCCGGUGGUGACCCAUCAGGCUGGGAGAUCCCCAAAUGGGGCGCGGAUACCGAGGCGGCCGUUGAAAAGCAGUUUGGCAUCACAACAUCGAUCCUCUCCCUUACUGCUCCCGGAGCUUGUAUCCUCAAGGACCCCCAGGCGUCUGCCAAGCUGGCCCGCGAUGCUAAUGAGUUUGCGGCCAAGCUGCGCGACGAGAACCCCAAGAGGUACGGCUUCCUAGCGGCGCUGCCUAAUAUCCUGGAUAAGGAACUGGCCCUUAAGGAGAUUGCCUAUUCGCUCGACGUGCUUAGGGCCGAUGGCGUUACCCUCUUUACCCGCUAUGGCACGGACAACCACUACCUCGGCCAUCCUGACUUUAAGGAUAUCUGGGCUGAGCUGAACCGCCGCUCGGCCGUCGUCUUCGUUCAUCCAACACACCCGGUCGAUACCAACCUUAUCAGCGGCUUGUCCCAGCCUGUAAUUCGUUAUCCGUUUGAGACGACCCAAACGGCCCUCGACAUGCUGCACAACAAGACAGUGCGUAACAACCCCAACUGCAGGAUCAUCCUAUCGCACGCUGGAGGCACGCUGCCCUUCUUGUGGCCUCGCCCGGCCAGCAUCUUUUGCAAGACCGAAGAGGAAAUGGCCGCUUUUACCGAGGACAUGCGCAGCUUUUACUACGACACAGCGGUAGCUGGAUCCGACAAUGUGCUCCGCCUCCUCGAGACCUUUGCCAAGCCGGACCACAUCCUGUACGGCAGCGACACCCCGUACGCCAACAAUGACAUCAUUAGCUUCCACACCACUCGUCAGGACAAGUACAAGUUUGCCGAGCCCAAUAUGCACGAGAAGGUCAACCGACAUAACGCCCUAGCUCUGUUCCCGCGUCUCAGGUAG